AUGGCCGACGUUGAGAUCCCCAAAGAGGAGGAGACUCCUAGGACUCCUUAUACUCCUAAUCAGAAUGUCCGUACCAAUGGCCGUGCCUUCAAUUCUGCCAAUUGGCGUACCAAAGGCGAUAGUCCCCAGGCUUCUCCUUCGCCGCGUACCAUUACCUCUCGUUCCGCCUUCAGUCGCCCCGGUCCCCAUGUGCCUCAAGCCAUCUCGGAGGGUCGCCGUCUCUACGUGGGAAACAUGCCAUAUACGGCCAAAACGGAGGAUGUGGAGGCCCUGUUCACGGCGGCCCAGUAUUCGGUCGAGCGUAUUGAUAUUGCCAUCGAUCCUUUCACCGGCCGGAAUCCCUCCUACUGCUUUGUCGACUUGCAGACCAAAGAAGCGGCUGAACGGGCCAUGAUCGAGUUGGACGGGCGUGACAUGCAGGGUCGAGCUGUCAGGGUCAAGCCCGGUGUCACUAAGUCUGCUAGUGAACGAACUGAUGACCGAUCGGGAGAACGAACUGGCGAACAGAGCCGAGGAGCUUCCAAUAACAUCAUCAAUGCUCGCUGGCGUAGUCCGGCAACCGCCGUUACGCCUCCUCCUGAUUCCAGCCAGCGUGUAUAUGUUGGAGGUUUGCCUCGAGUGGCUGAGCAGGAGACUGUGGAAAGUAACAUGAAGAAUUUCUUCUCAGAGUUCAGGGUUGAGGCUAUAAGCAAGCUUUUCGCUCCCCAUCCCGCCAAGCGCUUUGAUCCCGGUGAUCACUACUACCUGUUCGUCGAAUUGGACACUGCUGAGGAAGCGCAACGUGCCAUGGAUACCCUGAAUGGCCAGACUGGUCCGUGGGGAGGUCCGCUUCGUGUGAAUCGUGCGCGGGGACCUAGCCAAAGGCCUGGCGAGCGCAAAGAGGAGAUCAUUGCAUGA